AAGACGGCCUGCGGUUGGCUGUUGAGCGAGCGGUGCGAGCGCGCCUAACGGAGAACGGGGCGCGAGUAGGGGCGGGAGCGUGCUCCCGGAAGCCAGCCGCGAGACCUGGCCCUGCCGCCGAGGCUGAUUUUCGUAACUAUUUAGUUCACGUAGGUCCUGACCGUGGGCGAGGACGGCGGAGGCUGGCAGGAGGUUGUCCACAACGCCGCGCGCAGACUAGCUGUGUCACUGUGUUAUGAUGCCGUCUCGUACCAACCUGGCAACUGGAAUCCCUAGUAGUAAAGUAAAAUAUUCAAGGCUUUCCAGCACAGACGAUGGCUACAUUGACCUUCAGUUUAAAAAAAGUCCUCCUAAGAUUCCUUACAAGGCCAUUGCCCUUGCCACCGUGCUGUUUUUGAUUGGCACCUUUCUCAUAAUCAUAGGCUCUCUCCUGCUGUCGGGCUACAUCAGCAAAGGGGGGGCAGACCGGGCUGUUCCUGUCCUCAUCAUUGGCAUUCUGGUGUUCCUGCCAGGAUUUUACCAUUUGCGCAUCGCCUACUAUGCAUCCAAAGGCUACCGGGGUUACUCCUAUGAUGACAUUCCAGACUUUGAUGACUAACAUUCACCUCAGCCUUGAGAAGAGUCACAGUGCAUCCACUUUAAGACAUCAAGCAAGAACUAUGGCUAAGGGCUGAGGAAGUGUACAAUUUGCAGAUGUUUAGCAAAACAAUGGCCAGAUUGUAUGAGUUCUUUUCCAAAAUGCUCGUGCUUUAUAAUUAGCUAAUUAGGACAUGGUAUGUUUUCAUCUCUUGGCCCUGGCAAAGCUUGACAAGUUUUUCCACAUGAGUAUGCAUCAUGUAAGAGUUGUGAGGCUGAUUGUCUGGGAAGGCAGCCUGUUCUAUAGCGGAAGGUGUUGCCCUCCAUAGAGGUGAAUCUUUUUUUUGUCUUCCAUUGUCUGCUUGGUUUUGUAGCACAUGGAAAAUGUAUUAUGUCUAGUUUCUUAUUACUAAGUAAUUUAUUUUUAAAGUUGCCUAUCUUACCUCUCACACUCUCUUCUACCAUUACAUCCCAGGAAAAUUAAAGUGUCUUUCUUGCUGGGCAGUGGUGGCACACGCCUUUAAUCCUGGCACUUGGGAGGCAGAGGCAGGUGGAUUUUGGAGUUCGAGGCCAGCCUGGUCUACAGAGUGAGUUCCAGGACAGCCAGGGCUACACAGAGAAACUCUGUCUCAAAAAACAAAAAAACAAAACAAAAAAAAAAAAAAAAAGUGUCUUAUUCCUUACACACUCCUCUUCCUUCACACCACAGUAAACCAAAUAUCUGUGGCUCCGUCUGUAAUUGAUUGGCUUGUUUUAAAUUGACAGCAACCUGGAAUUUUUAAACCAUGAAGCUGGGUAUCAUGGGACACAUCAUGAUUCCAGUACUUGGGAGGCAAAGCCAAGUGGGUCUCUAUGAGUUCAAGGCCAGCCUGGUCUAUGUAGAGUUUUAGGACAACCAGGGUUGUCCUAAAUAAAUACCUAGUGAGACGCUAUCUCUGAAAAAGGGAAACUUCCUCUGGUUUCUCCAUAGCUUGCCCACCACAAACCUCAGGUGAAUCUGUCCUUCACAGGUUAAGAGAUUGUGUGAAUCGUACCUUAAGAACUAGACUUUGGCUGUUUCUUUGUAAAACUGUAGAUAAGUGUACUUAGAGUUUAUAACCCUACUGCUGGCACCUGGUACUAUGAUAUCGUUCUGCUAAAGAUUACAAGACUUGGCCAAGAUCCCUGAAAAUGUAUUAAGUCAAAUCUGGUUCUCAGCUUGUAAAAAGUGACACUUUUUUUCUAAA